AUGCGGACCAGUGCUCUCAUCGCCAUCGUACUGAGCGCUCUGUGUCCAGUGAUGGCCCAGGAAUACCAAGAGACUGUUUGGGGAAUCUUCGCAUUCACUACGCAUGGCGACAGUACUCCAAGCCUUCUUGCUGAGGGACGCUCAAGAGUCUUGUCAGACUAUGGUGCCAACCAGCUCGCCGAUGCAGGUGCAGCCUUCCGGGACCGUUACCUCUCAGCCGGAGAAGGCGUCAAUAGCUCUCAAUCAACGAUACAAUAUCUGUCCGCCACCGUCCUAGAUCCUCAAGACGUGGAAGUCUAUGCGUUGACGGAUCAGUAUGUCAUUGCUUCCGCGCAAGCCUUUAUGCAAGGUCUUUACCCCCCGCUGGGGCAGACUGGCUUAGAGUCAUCUGACAUUACCGUCAAUGGCUCUGCAAUGAUCUCUCCCUUGAACGGAUACCAAUACCCUCAGCUGAUCAGUCUGGGGCAAAGCGACCCACAGUCCGUGGCUUUGAAUGGGAACGAGAACUGUCCGACACAUCAAGCUCUCGUAUCCAAGUAUAAGAGUGGAGAUUACGCCUUAGGCAUCUCCGAAAUCACCAAUGGUUUCUACGUCGACCUCUGGCAUGAUAUUCUGUCAGGUGUCAUGAAUGAAACCUCGGCCAAUUAUCUGAAUGCCGUGGAGAUCUUCGAAUACAUCGAACACGAGCUGGCAUACAACAGCACCGCCCAGACGCAGAUCACUGAAGAUAAAGUUCGUCAAGCACGAUGGUGGGCGGACCAUUAUACGUAUGCCACCAAUCACCAGCUCGAUCCCGGUGAACCAGCAGGAGGGUCUAUCAAUUCAGUUGCGGGUCAAACACUGGCGGCCCGCAUCAUGUCUGCCUUCAAUGCGAAUAUCGGCGGAUAUGGCACAGGUCAAAAAAUGAAUCUUGUGUUCGGCGAUGAGGACGCGGCGGUGGCUUUGGCCUCGUUGCUGAGUCUCGCUUCAGAGCAACAUCCUAACAUGUAUUGCCGGCCGAAUCGCGGUGCGUCUCUUGUUUUCGAACUGUUCAGCUUUGAGUCAAGCGAGACCUACCCAACGUAUCCGGUAAUCGACAACUUGUACGUGCGGUUCUUGAUCCACAACGACACAGGAAGUUCCGCUUUUUCCCCAUACCCCAUGUUUGGACACGGACCGAGCCACGAAUACGUUCCCUACUCCGAGUUCCAGUCUGAGCUGGAGACUUUUGCCCUCUCAAGUACCCACGAAUGGUGCAAGAGGUGUAACUCAGAAGCAGUCUUUUGCAAGGGACUUGAUUAUAAUAAGCCAGGUCUCUCGAAGGGCAAUCAGGAGCAGAUGGCUCCAGCAGUGGCCGGUAUCAUAGGAGCUGUGAUUAUGUUGGCGGCUCUCGGUCUUCUUGCAGGUAUAGGGUUGACUUUCUGGACCUUGCGCAAUCGUGGCUCCAAUCAAAAAUCUCCUUUCGGUGGAUUCAAAGGGACAAGGAAGCUCGCAAGUGAUACCGACGUCACUUUUCACAGCCCCGAUUGGAAAGCCUCAAAUGGUGCGGAUGCCCAAACGAGGAAUGACACCGCUGAUACUGUUGUUCUUCGAGGGCACGAACGAGUCGGAAGCUGGGAGAUGGGACAGCCGAAGAAGGGGGAUGAAGACUGCCAGAACGCCAGUCGCUCAAAUCAACUAGCAUCGGAUGAUGAGCACGAGGAGGAAUGGCGGAUUGUCAGUGGGCUUCGCGCCGUGGAAGCUCGCGAGAGUGUUUGA